GUCUGUGCCCUCCUGUGGUGCAUAUCUUUUGCCCAAGUAUUGCCUCCUCUCUGAACCCGAGCUGGGAUGUUCAGAAAGCUCUCUCCAGUGUGGUAGACAUGACAGUCUGUGAUGGAACCAGGCUCCCUGGUCCGAGCAGUCUUCGAUUUCCUGCCCAGUGUCUCAGAGGAGCUACCGAUAUUUGCGGGUGAUGUCAUUGAAGUGUUGAGUGUGCUUGAUGAGUUCUGGCUGCUGGGGAAGAAAGAUGGUGUGACCGGGCAGUUCCCCAGCAGUUUUGUGGAAGCUGUCUCCAUUCCGAACACCAAGCUAGGGGAGAGGUUGUGUGUUUGCAUCAAUGACUUUGUCGCUGCCACCAGCAGUGACCUGUCUCUCCGACGUGGUGACAUUGUGGUUGUGGAAGACUCCGCUGAUGGAUACUGGCUCCGAGGACGCACUAACUGGGGCCUGUGUGGCAUGUUCCCGGCCUCCUGCGCCCGGGAGCUGCGUCUCUCAUCCCGGGCCCGCCAGCUCUCCCGCCAGUUUGGGGGAAAGUUGCCAGAUUAUGGCCUGGGCCUCGCCCGAGCCCUGAUGAGCCUCUCGGCCCAGCUGCCCGAGGAGCUGGACUUCACCGAGGGCGACCUCAUCACCAUCGUGGGCCUGCCCGAGCCUGGCUGGUAUGAGGGCGAGCUGGAUGGCAGGCGUGGGAUCUUCCCCGAGGGCUUCGUGGAGCUGGUUGGUCCCCUGCAGACCCCCAAGGGGGCAUCUGGCUCUGGGCUAGGUGGCUGUGAGGAGGAGGAGGAGGAGGAGGAGGAGGAGGAGCAGGACAUUGAGGAGGAAGGGAAUGGCAUUGAAGAGGAAGGGGUGGCGGAGGAAGGGGAGGAGGGCAUUGAGGGGGAAGGAAAUGUGGAGGGAUCGGCAGCACCAGGAGUUUACGUAGUGGCCAUGUAUGAUUUCCAGGCCCUGGAGCCCGAGGAGCUAGACUUUGUCAGGGGUGAGCGCAUCAGGGUGACUGAGACUCUGGAGGAUGGUUGGCUGCAGGGGUCGGUAGGGGGUCGGACUGGGAUCUUCCCAUUCCGGUUUGUAAAACUGGAGGGGGAUGGGCAGCUGGGAGACUUGGAGCAGUCCGGUGCCAGGCCGACAGCCCAGGGGCCAGACUCCUCUGGGAGGGGAGCCUUCACUGAGCCAACAUUGACCCCUGAUCCUGCGGGGACACCUGGUAACCAUGGCCAGGUGACCCAAGCUGGACUAACACCGAGCCAGCCUGCCUCGUUCCAGAGUCGGGGGUCGGCAGAGAUUCCCCAGAUCCCAGCUGUGCCAGCAGCUCCAGAUCCGGAGCGGCUGAGGGGGGAGGGUGACCCGGGUGAGCAGAGGUCAGAGGUGAGGAAUUGGAGCCCCACCCCUGUGACCCCUCAGGGCAGCGGCUGGUUGGGGUUGGGGCUGGCUCCCGGGGGUGACCUGGACACCAAGUGCUCCGAGCAAAUUGAGGAGUUCGACCGCAGCAUGCCAGGCCCGAGGUCAGAGGUCAGCCCAGCGUUCCGCCGCCAUUUCUCCAUCUCGGACUACAGCACCGAGCAGGAUGUCGCCAGUGGCUCCCCUCGGAGCUUUGCCAGGCCCCCUCCUCCCCGCCCUCGGGUCUCUGCCCCCUCUCCUUCACCCCCCUCUCCGGCUCGGCCUCUCCGUCCCUCCAGGCCUGCGCCCCUACCCCCUCCCCAUGCCUACUCCCGCAAGGGGUACCCCUGCCUGCGGAGGAGCCCCCAGUCCAGACCAGCUGGGGGGGAUCACGUGCUGCGGGAAGCGGGCAGGGAGUCGGAAGGUGCACCCCUUCCCCGGGGCCCGAGCCCCGGCCCCCUGCAGUCCAGGAUCCGGGAGCUGGAGUGGGACUUGGAGAUGCACUACCAGACCCGGGAGGCUCUGAGGGUCAUGGCCGAGAGACCAGCCGAGGAGAGUCUUCGUUCUGAGGCACUGGAGAACCUGGAAAUCUGCUCCUAUAGCAUCAAGACGUUGGAAGGAGAGCUUCAGACUUUGAAAGACAUGACGCUUUUAUCCAAUGACCACCGCGCUCUGGAGCCAGCCCUACCAGAGAACCCCAGUCAGAAGAUGAUGGAUAAGAGGGCAAAGGUCAUCGAGGAGUUGCUGCAGACAGAGGCUGAUUACAUUAAGGACCUGGAGAUGUGUGUGGACAAGGUGCUCAUCCCCCUCCAAAACAAACAGUUACAGCAGGUGGACUGUGAGGCUCUCUUCGGAAACAUUCAGACGGUUAUAGAGGUUUCUAAGCGGCUGCUGAUGGAGCUGGAGGGUACAGACAGUAUAGGUCAUGUGUUCCUGUCCUUCAGGAAUGAGCUUGAGGAUAUGUACAACGUUUACUGUCAAAACCACGAGGAGGCCAUCGCUCUCCUGGAGAUAUAUGAGAAGGACAAAGAGAUUCAGGGGCAUAUGAACGCGUGCCUGGAUCACCUACGGGCAAUUUAUCGUCAGUGGGGCAAAACAAAUUACAUCAACCUGGGUUCGUUUCUCAUUAAGCCGGUACAGCGCGUUAUGAGGUACCCGUUGCUACUGAUGGAACUACUGAACACUACCCCAGAGACACACCGAGACAAAAAGCCGCUGGGAGAGGCUGUACUGGCUGUGAAGAAUCUCAACGUUAACAUCAAUGAGUACAAACGGCGCAAAGACCUGGUUCUGAAGUAUCGUAAAGGGGACGAGGACUCGCUGAUAGACAAGAUCUCGAAGCUGAGCAUGCAUUCCAUCAUAAAGAAAUCCAACCGGGUUAGCAGCCACCUCAAGCACCUGACCGGUCUCGCUCCCCAGAUUAAGGAUGAGGCAUUUGAGGAGGCAGAGAGGAGGUUUCAAGUACAGGAGCGGCUCAUUAAAUCCUUCAUCCGCGAUCUCUCCCUCUAUUUACAACACGUGCGGGAGUCAGUGUCAGUGAAGGUCCUGGUAGCUAUGAGUACCCUGGACAUAUAUGGGGAGAAGAAUCACCCAGACCUGGAGAGCUUCCAGCGAGCGCAUCGAUUCAUCAGUGAUAACCUCUUCACCAACUUUAAAGAGCGGACUGAGACCCUCGUCAUCGCCCCCUUGAACCAGCUCCUGGGGAUGUGUGCAGGGCCCCACAAGCUGAUCAUCAAACGCUUCGACAAGUUGCUGGAUUACAAUAAUUGCAAGGAGCGAGCCGAGAAGCUCAAGGACAAGAAGGUGCUGGAUGAGCUACAGGCAGCCAAGAACAACUAUGAGGCUCUCAACGCCCAGCUCCUCGACGAACUGCCAAAGUUUCACAAGAGUGCCGAGCAACUCUUCGUCAACUGCAUGCGAGGGUUUGCCGAGGCCCACCAGGAGUUUGUGGGCCUGACGCUGAAUGAGCUUCAGCCAUUGUCACAGUUCCUCACGGUGGUGAGUAAGGACACCAGUAUCGUGGCCUCGUUCCAGGAGCAACACGUCAAAGCCAUACAAUUACUCCAAGUCUUCAGUUUCUUCCCUGACACACUCCCUUCCUCCAGAAAACCAUUAGAUCGGAAGGCUACAGACCGGCAAUCAUCGAGACUGCAAGCAUCGACCAUGCCAAUCACCAUGUUUCAGACAGACGAACAACGGGCAGCCUUACUGGCAAAGUACGAACCAGAUAAGCUCUAUCAGACGGACCGAAACUUCAACGCUGCUCAGCAACUGGAUGUUUCCCUACUGGAAGGAGACCUGGUCGGGGUGAUUAAGCAGCAAGAUCCCAUGGGCAGUCAAAAUCGCUGGCUGGUGGACAAUGGAGUGAUGAAGGGUUUUGUGUACAGUUCCUUUCUGAAGCCAUACAAUCCUCGACGGAGUCAUUCUGACAUCUCGGUAGGGAGUCACUCCUCCAAUGAAUCUGGUUAUGGUGGGUCAUCUCCGGUCAUCUCACGGCAGAACAGCACCUCGGCCGCGGUAGUGAACCCCUCGAGUAGCAUGGCCUUGUUUUCCUCCACGCCGCAUGUUGCAACGGAGACUGUGGACGCCCCUCCCCCGAAGGCGGUGUCACAGCGGCGGAAUGCACCGGAACCUUCGCCGCCACAUGUGGCCGUGUCCCCUCCCUGGCCAAACCCGGCCGACACCCCCUCCUUGUUGUCGUCCUCGUCACUAUCAUCGCCAACGCGCCCGGCCCCUCGGGUGCAUCGAUCCAACACCUACGACCCAUCACCAGUAGCCAGUUCCCAUCAGUCACCCGCACCUCACCAGCCACGCGCCAAGGAUUCCUACCUGACUGUGCAGCCGAAACGGUUCAACCAGAUGGAAUACUCCCUGCCGCGGAAAUCCCGGGAACGUAGGCGAGAGCUGCGCAGGACCUCGUCACAGGAGGGGUAUCUGGAAACCAACGACUAUGAUCCCGGGCAGCAGGUUUACUAUGCAAUCUAUGAUUUCCGAGCUCGAUGUGCUAACGAACUCUCCAUUGUCAACAACCAGCGAGUACGAAUCCUCCGGUUCCAGGAUAUGAAUGGAAACCGGGAAUGGUGGCUGGCAGAAGCUAAUGGAAAACGGGGAUAUGUCCCCGCCACUUACAUCAGAAAAACAGAAUACACGUGAAGAAAACGGACAAAAUGGGGAGCGGGAAAAACCUGGAAAAGACUACAAGUACAUCCCUCUUGUAUUUAAAGACAAUUGAGCGCAAGAGCAAUGAAUGUCUCUCGCUCCAAACUCAAGACAGAGGAAGAAGCCUUUCGAUGGCUUUGGUGUCUUAUUCCUCCAAAGAUGUUUCUCAAAGAGUUUUGGUUUAAGCUGACCAAAUGGCAUAAUUGCUGGAACUAAUCCAGGUCAAACCUACUCUGACAUUUGGCGUUAUACAAAAAUGACCUCAAUUGACCAAAUACCAGUGAAAAAAUAUAAAAUAUAUGAUUUUAUAUAUAUAGAAAUAUAUAGAUAUGCAAUUCCAGAACAAUUCUUUUUAAGAACAAACAGUAUUUUAUACCUGCUGAUCCUGUCUCUUCUCCCUGCCACCACCGGCUCCAUGCCAUUUCCAAGGCAUGAUUUACCAUCAUGCAUUUGCCUAAAACCAUAGCAACCUACGUUUUAUUCAGGACAAAGGCAGCAUUUAUAAAAACUGCUGUGAGAGUUGUGUCCAGUCGGUGAGAGCCUUCACAUGUGACCUCAGGUGAUUACUUCCGAUGGGAACAGCCUUUCGAGGUAGGCCGCAGUUGAACCGCACAUCUCCAGCUGUUCUGAAAUGUGACAAUGCGGCGUUUUCAGUCAAGCAUGUCCUGAAGACCGCGCAACGGGUAUUUUACAUGACACACAGUGAGCAGAAGUUUGUAACGCAGCCAACUGGAAUAUUAUUUCUGAAAGUUGACUUUUGAGAAGCCUUGGCAGUAAAUUUGUUCAUUUAAAUAAAUUCUGUUAUUCUGACAGGGAUGAGAA